AUGCCUUCUUUUGGGUGUGAGCCGGAUCAUAAUGUGUCGUCGUCGAUGAUUUAUGUUUAUGCUCGCACAGGUAAUGUUGAUAUGGCUUUGAAAUUGUAUGAUGAUGCGAAAAAUGAGAAGUGGCCUGUUAGGGCAGUUGCAUUCUCUGCUUUGAUUAAGAUGUAUGCUGUAUUCAAGAAUCUGCAUCCACCAUCCUGUGCAAAGGAAAGUAGCACAUGCAUUGGACCAACAGCGGGACAAAUGACGUUUCUAUUUUCUGGGUUUUGCUUACUCUUGAUAGGUGCUGCAGGGAUUCGACCGUGUAAUUUAGCAUUCGGUGUUGAUCAAUUCAAUCCAAAAACAGAAUCAGGAAAGAAAGGAAUCAACAGUUUCUUCAAUUGGUAUUAUUUCACCUUCACUUUUGCUCAGAUGAUUUCUUUGUCAUUGAUUGUGUAUGUACAAUCAAGUGUGAGCUGGGCAAUUGGUCUUGGAAUUCCUGCUGCAUUGAUGUUGUUAGCUUAUGUGUUAUUUUUCAUGGGUGAUAAAUUUAGCAGCAGCAGGUCUAUAUGUUCAUCUCCGGAUCGGUCCAUACGCUUGUGCAGAAUGGAAUUACGGUGGUUUCCCUCUUUUGUAUGGUUGUUUCUUGGAUUCUACUGGGUAACUGCUGGUGGUCAGAGUUUGACAAGGGUUUCACCUCAGCUUUACUGGCUCUGUAUCACAUUUCUUGCUUUCGACGUUGCAAUUGUUGUGAUUUGUGUUACUGCUGCGUGUCUCAUUGGAAUUGCCGUUUGCUGUUUUCUUCCAUGCAUACUUGCUAUUUUGUAUGCAGUGACUGAUCAGGAAGGGGCAACCAAGGAAGAGAUUGACCUGUUGCCAAAAUACAAGUUCAGAAUAAUAAAGGAACUUAAAAAAGAAGGUGAUGCCCAAGAAUCAUCGAGAGGAGUGAUGACGGAAUGUGACAGUGGUUCAGCUUCUGAGCAUAUUAUUGCCUUAGAAGAUGCAGAAUGUUGUAUCUGCCUUUCGGCCUAUGAUGAUGAAGCUGAACUUAGAGAACUUCCUUGCAAUCACCAUUUUCAUUGCACAUGCAUUGACAAAUGGCUGCUCAUCAAUGCCACCUGUCCUCUCUGCAAGUUUAACAUUUUGAGCACUGAUAACCUCCAAGAAGUUUGA